AUGAAGCUCGUGGUCGAGGUCGUCGGCGCGCACGACCUGCCGGCGAGGCGCAGCCGCGGCGGCGUGAGCCCGUUCGUGCAGGUCAGCUUCCGCGGCCAGCGCUACGCGACGGGCGUGAUGCCCGGCCAAGCCAGCCCAACGUGGAAAGAGACGCUUGUGUUCGUCGUCGACGCAACCAACGGCAGCCGCGGCCGCCUCUCGGACCACGCCAUCGAGAUCGCGGUCUACCACCGGCGCGCCUCCGGCGGCAAGAGCUGCCUCGGCCGCGUCCGCCUGUUCGGCGCGGCCGUCGCGCCGUCCUUCGAGGAGGCCGUCCUCCUGCGCUGCCCUCUCGACAAGCCCAGCUUCUUCGCCCCGGCGCGAGGCGAGAUCGCGCUCCGCCUUUACAUGGCGCCGUACGCGUCGUCCACUUCCACCGCCGCUGCUGCGGCCAACGCGCCGGCGGGGAACGUCUACUCCACCACGUAUGCUACAACCUUCCAGGACACCGCCUCCACGGCUGGCCCAGAGACAGUCGUCGGAGGCGCGAGCACGCAGUCAGCUCCUGUAAUGAGAAAGAAGAAGAAGAAGAAGGAGGAGGAGGAGCCUGUGCACGUCUUCCACGCCAUACCAACACAGUCCAGCACCGGGUCACUAAUCAUUCCGCCACCGCCACCGCCACCAUUCAUGCCGCCGCCGCCCGGAGUCCCAAAAGGCGCCAAGAAGGCAGCAGCUGCCACCGUCGAAGAUGCCAAGGCGGCGGCGCAUCUCAUGGUCGACCGAUUGGAAUUCUUGUAUGUCAGUGUAGUGUGCGCCAGAGACCUCCCUGGCAUGGACCUCACAUUGGGUGUCGACCCAUAUGUUGAGGUCCGGGUGGGGAACUAUUCUGCGGUGACCCGGCAUCUGGAGAGGAGCCAUAACCCCGAGUGGAAGAGAGUGUUCGCCUUCUGCAAGGAGAAGCUCCAGGCAGACAAACUAGAGGUGUUCGUCAAGGACAGGAAGCUCGUUGUUCGCGACAGCUUUGUUGGCAAAGUUGAGCUGCCCAUCAUCGAGAUUCCAAGCUUGGCUCCUCCUAAUCGCCCUCUGGCCCCUCAGUGGUACCGACUGAAGGGUGCCAAGGACCAAUGGACAGGCGGAGAGAUCAUGCUCGCCGCAUGGAAGGGGUCCCAAUCCGACGAGGCUUUCGCCGGUGCAUGGCACGCCGACGUGCAUGACCUGGCUCCAAGCGCCGUGCUUGCCACUCAGACCAAGAGCUACUACGCGCCGCGGCUGUGCUACCUCAGGUGCCACGUCAUCGCGGCGCAAGACGUGGUCCACCCUGACCGGAGCCGGUCCAGGCCCAACGUGUUCGCGAGGGUGCAGCUCGGCGCGCAGAGGUGGGAGACCCGGACGUCGCCGAGCCUCAAGUGGGACCAGGACUUCUUCCUCGUCGCGGCAUGGCCGUUCGAUGAGCCGCUGGUGAUCACCGUCAUGGACAACGUCUCGCCGGAGCGGCACGAGGUGCUGGGCCGGCUCGAACUCCCCAAGGGAAUGAUCAAGGUGCAGAAUUUCGACAAGAGAAAGUUUAAGCCGCCGGCGCCAUCAUGGUUCGACCUCGAGCAACCACAUUCCGACGGAAACGGCAACGGUGACGGCCGGGACAGAGGAUGGCGCCACGAGUUCAGGAGCAAGAUACAGCUGCGCGUCUACUACGACGCUGCAUACCAUGUCCUCGACGAGCUGACGGUGUACGGCAGCGACUUCCAGCCGUCGGCACGGCCGCUCCGGUCGCCGCCCAUUGGCGUUCUCGAGCUCGGCGUCUUGCGAGCAACCGACCUCCUGUCGACAAAGCCGCCGAACGGCGGGCGCAGGACUGUCGACGCGUACUGCGUCGCCAAGUACGGCCAGAAGUGGAUCCGGACACGCACGCUCCUCGACACGGCCUCGCCGAGCUGGCAGGAGCAGUUCACGUUCGACGUGUUCGACCCCUGCACCGUACUCACCGUCGCCGUCUUCGACAACAACCAGCUCGCCGGCGCCGGGGAAAGCUCGCGGCGUGGUGCGACCGACGCGCCGCUGGGCAAGAUCCGCAUCCGCGUGUCAACGCUAGCCUCCGGCCACACGUACGAGCAGCCGUACUCUCUGUUCGUGGUGCAGCCCACCGGGAUCCUCCGGUGCGGCGAGCUACACCUUGCCGUGCGUUUCACGCACACGGCGUGGGCCAACAUGAUGGCGCUGUACCUACGGCCGAUGCUGCCCAACCAGCACUUCGCGAAGCCGAUCCCGCCGCACCUCGUCCCGACGCUCCGGCGGUACGCCGUGGACAUUGUCGCCUCCCGUCUGGCGCGCGCCGAGCCGCCCCUCCACCCCGAGCUCGUGCACUACCUCCUCCGUGACCCGUCCGCACACCCGAACCUCGCCAUGCCGGAGAACAAGGCGUACAGCAAGCGCAAGCUCCGCGCCGCGCUCGCGCGCCUCCGCGCCGUGCUCGCGGCCGCCGCCGCGUUCGCGCGCUGGUUCCGGGGCGUCCGCGACUGGGAACGCCCAUUUACCACCGUCCUCGUCAUGCUGCUGUUCCUGACGCUGACGUGGAAGCCCGAUCUGAUCCUACCGACAUUCUUCCUCUACCUGUUCGCCGUCGGCGCGUGGAACUUCAGGUGGCGGCCGACGCCGCCGGAAAAGAUGGAGCACUACACCGAAGGCGUGCCCCCGACCAUGCUCGAGGAGGAGUUCGACAUGGGGCCGGCGUCGGGGACCCCACCGGAGAUCGUGGCGGUGUGGUACUGGCGGCUCCGGGAGGCGGCUUGGAGCGUUCAGGAUUUAGUCGGGGACGUCGCCUCGCACGGCGAGCGCGUGCAUGCGCUGUUCGCGUGGAGGGACGGCCGCGCCACAGUGAUCGCGCUCAUGGCGAUGGCCGCGCUCGCCGUCGUGUUCUACGCGGUGCCGUUCCGCGCGGUGGUGGCUGCUGUCUGGGUCUACGUGAUGAGGCAUCCCGUGCUGAGGCGGAAGGGGCCGUCGCCGCUGGCGAACUUCUUCCGACGGCUGCCGAGCAAUGCUGACGUCAUGUUGUGA